AUGAAUAUCCUCCUUACAGAUGCAAAAGAUGACAUUAAAUUUAAGAAAGCUGGAGACAAGCAGAGAAACAUUGUGCACUAUCUGUACCGGAGUACGCUGGGUGGAAAUGUUCGAGCAAAGUGCCUGCAGACUCCAUUCCUGUGCUCCUUGGCCUCCUACAUCCUCUAUAGGACCAACAGCCCCUUUGACAGGAGAGUCACGACACUUGAGUGGCACCCAGCUCACCCAAACACAGUGGCUGUGGGGUCCAAAGGAGGGGACAUCAUCCUAUGGGACUAUGAGGACCUGAACAGCACGCUCAUUCCUGGAAUUGGAGCAGGAGGCUGUAUUACAGGAAUGAAAUUCGACCCCUUCAACUCUAAUCAGAUAUACACAUCGUCAGUAGCGGGUAGCACCAUCCUCCAAGAUCUGAGUGGACGAACCGUACAGAUGUAUACAAACACUGAAGACUGGGCCAUGUGGUACUGCAGCCUGGAUGUGUCUGCCAGUAGACAGAGCGUGGUAACCGGAGACAAUGUGGGCAACGUAGUGCUCCUGGAGACUUGUGGGAAGGAGAUCUUCAAGAUGAGACUACACAAGAAAAAAGUGACCCAUGUGGAAUUUAACCCCCGGUGUGACUGGCUUCUGGCCACAGCCUCUGUGGAUCAAAACGUUAAGCUCUGGGACUUGAGGAACAUCAAGGACAAGUCCAGCUGUUUAUAUACAAUGCCUCACACCCGCGGAGUCAACUCUGCUUACUUCAGUCCUUGGGAUGGAGCUAAACUACUCACCACCGACCAGCACAGUGAAAUCCGCGUGUACUCAGCCAGUGACUGGUCCAAGCCUCAGCGCAUUAUUCCUCAUCCACAUCGCCAGUUCCAGCAUCUGACUGCCAUAAAGGCCUCAUGGCAUCCUCGUUAUGACCUGAUUGUAGCCGGGCGAUAUCCAGAUCCCCAGUUCCCGGGGUACACUGCAGAUGAGUUGCGCACAGUGGAUGUGUUUGAUGGGCAGACUGGAAAUAUAGUCUGCCAGCUGUAUGACCCCUACGCAUCUGGGAUCGUUUCACUCAAUAAAUUUAACCCAAUGGGAGAUCUGUUGGCAUCAGGAAUGGGUUUUAAUAUCUUGAUCUGGAGUCGAGAGAUUCUCUUAAUGAUGAAGCAGGAGGAGAUGAUGAGGGCCUUACGGGCAAAGGGGAUUCAAGUGGGGAGAAAAGAUGAUCCAAGCAGCAGAUCCUCAAAUUCUGGAAAGGACAAAUCUGAGACAAAAAAAACAAGGACUGCUGCUAAAGAGUCAACUAGCACACGAGGGAAAAACAAAGACAAAUGA